CUUUACGUGCAGUUCAUCACUAUGGCGGAGCAGCAGCCGGAGCGAGGUGUUGACUUGGACCAGAGUCAGUUCUGCUGUUCAGUAUGUUUAGACCUGCUAAAAGAGCCUGUCACCGUUCCCUGUGGACACAGUUACUGCAAAAGCUGUAUCGAGUGCUGCUGGGAUGAGGUAAAGAAGAAGGGGAAGUACAGCUGCCCUCAGUGCAGGGAGACCUUCAGUCCGAGGCCUGUUCUGAGGAGGAACAACAUGCUGGCUGAGGUUGUAGAGAUGAUAAAGAGGACCGGCACCCAGCUGGCUUCUCCUGCUGCAGCCUGUGCUGGACCAGCAGACGUCGCCUGUGACUUCUGCCGCGGGACCAGCAAAAACAAAGCCACAAUGUCUUGUCUGACGUGCUUGGCAUCUUACUGUCCAGUUCACCUCAAGCCUCACCACAGUGUUCCUGUGCUGAAGAAGCACCAGCUGGUGUCAGCCACAAUCCCACUGCAGGAAAAGAUGUGUACAAAGCACAACAAGCUGAUGGAGGUUUACUGUCGGACAGACAAGAAGUGUAUCUGCUAUCUGUGCGUUUUAGAUGAGCAUAAAGGCCAUGGUACAGUGUCAGCUGCAGCAGAGAGGGCUGAGGAACAGAAACAGCUGAUUGUGAGUCAAAAGAAAGUCCAGGAGAGAUUCCAGAAGAGAGAGAAGGAGCUGAAUGAGCUGCUCCAAGCUGUGAAGGAUUUGAAGAAUUGUACCCAGCCUGCAGUGAAGAGCUGCGAUAAGAUCUUUGAUGAGCUGAUUUCCUCCUUAAAGAAAAGACGCACUUUGGUGAAGCAGCUGAUCAAAGCCCAGGAGCAGACUGCAGUCGCUCAGGCUGAUGAGCUGCAGCUGCAGCUGGAGGAGGAGAUCACCAACCUGAAGAAGAACGACACCGAACUGGAGCAGCUUUCUCAGACAGACGACCACAUCCAUUUCAUUCAGACUUUCAAGUCCCUCUCCACCUCCUGUGAAACUCCAGACCGGCCACCUGGUCCUGUUGUUUAUCCUCAACGUCCGACAUUCAAACCUGUGACUGACUGCAUGUCUGCGCUGAGAGGCGACAUAGAGAGCCUCCUGAAGGACAAAUGGCCCAUGAUCUCUGCCACAGUGUCCACUAUAGUGGUGCCACCUGUGCCAAAGACCAGAGAGGAGUUUUUACGCUACUGCCGUCCUCUAACCCUGGAUCAGAACUCGGUCUCCCAGUAUUUUUCCAUUUCAGAACAAUGCAGACUGGUGACAAGUAAUUAUUGUUAUAGCAGCUAUAGCUACUCAUGCACGUCGUCGCAGAUCAUCAUGCAGGUUCUGUGCAAAGAGGGUUUGUCAGGGCGAUGUUACUGGGAGGUCAGUUUGAAUGGUAAUCCUUGGUCUGUGGCAGUGUCCUACAAAGACAGCAGCAGUACAAAUGCCUCCGAAUUUGGAAAUGACAACAAGUCAUGGAGUUUAAACUGCUCCACUUACACUUUCCGACACAACUCACUUAACAAGACUGUGCCAGGCCCUAAAUCCUCAAAGAUCGGGGUGUACCUGGAUUAUAAGGCAGGUACUCUGUCCUUUUAUAGCAUCUCUGGCACGAUGACUCUGCUCCACAAAGAACACACCACGUUCACUCAGCCUCUUUAUCCUGGCCUUGGGCUGAAGCAUGAUCGAUCUCAGACAAGCAGUGGAUAUUAUGCUGAACUGAUCAAGUUGUGGUAAAAAUAUAUAUUGUGGUGGUUAAUGUGUGCCACUACUGAUCUGGCUGUAAUUCACCCUCCAAUAUAACUGGAUACCAUAGGAUAGAUGACUGAGUGAUUUUACAAGAGUGAAGCAUUUUAAAAUGAGCACUGAAUCGCCCAAAUUCUAAGGUCCUAAGUCAGGUAUUGCAGCAGGUAAAAACAACAAAGAUUAACAAAAAAAAGAGAGUGGAGCAGGAGGUUAAUGUUUGUCUAUAUUAAACAUAUAAACCAUGUUAAAACCAACUAGGAAGCAAUGAGCUGCUCAUUUUUUGGAUGUGUGCGACAUUUCAAUCAUUAGUUGGAAACCAGGAUGUAGCAGUCAAGUUGUAGUUACUUCCUGAUUCCUGUCAAGUUGUGUGUGAUUAGUGUUCUUCCAGUACAGGGUAAAUGAUUAUUAUACUGUCAUGAGAGGGUUGAUGACAACAUGUUACUAAACUGUAAAUAUAUCCUAAGGGAAAAUAAAAUGCAAUUGUAUAAAAGUAAGUUUGAAAACAUUCAUUAUGAAUCUGACAGAUGAAAGUGAUUAAUAUCUUGAAAUUAUCUAGUUAUAUAUGUUUUUUGUGUUUUGUUUGAAUGGUUCAAAAAGCAAAUAGGCAUGUGUUAAGUUUUUUUCCUCAAGUCUCCAACAAAUUCACUGACCAUGAAUGAUAUAAUGUUAUAAGUGUUUUAACAAUUCCUUAGAAUAAAAAAAAAGAAUCCAACUUUUUUCAUUAUGUUUUUUUCUUUUUGAAGAAUUGACUCUUUAUUUUACACUUUUCAUGACUUUUGGAUGCUGAGAAAUGCUAUUCUUUUCUUUUUUCCCUUCAUGUUCAUUUUUGUCAUUAAAGUUAAUGCUUGUUACAAGUUAUAUAACAAUAAAAGUAAACA